AUGGCCGCUUCAUCCCCGGACAUGGAAAAUCAAAUCGAAACAAGUAAUCGAUCAUCAAGAGAUGCUUCAAACAUCGAUGCAGGAGAAAAGCCAUCCGAUUCUCCAGACUUCGGUCCUGCGCCCGACGGCGGCGUUACUGCUUGGCUAGUGGCAGCUGGUGGAUGCACAGUUUUCUUUUGCUGUUUGGGGUUCACCAAUGCCUUUGGCGCUUUUGAGGAAUACUAUCUCACCCACCAAUUAUCCGACAAGACACCCGACGAUGUCGCCUGGAUUGGUUCGCUCGCAGCUUUUCUUCAAUUUGCAACAGGAAUGAUUGCCGGGCCCAUCUUUGACCGAUUUGGAGUCAAUGCAUUUCGACCGGCAGCUUUGGCCUACGUAUUUGCCAUGAUGAUGCUCGGUCUUUGCAAAACGUACUGGCAAAUCAUGCUCGUCCAGGGUGUCUUGAUGGGCAUAGCGAUGGGGUUUUUGCAAAUCCCUAUUUUCGCCACUAUACCGCACUGGUUCGACAAGAACAGGGCAGCGGCCUUUGGUAUCGUUGUCGCUGGCUCUUCACUUGGAGGUAUAGUGAUGCCGAUUGCCAUUUCCAAGAUGUUGAAUGGAACUUCUCUCGGCUUUGGCUGGACCGUAAGGAUCGUUGGCUUCAUGAUUCUCCCCCUGCUCGCCUUCUCUUGCGUCGUCGUCAAGACGCGCAUUCCACUGCGCACGUCCAAGGUCUCGAUUCCCUUUGCCCAAGUCCUUGGAAACAAAACAUAUUUGCUCUUGGUCGCUUCCAUGUUCUUCCUAUUCAUGGGAGUGUUUACUCCGCUCUUUUACAUCCCCACGUUUGCAACGACUCUGGGUAUCGAGGCAACACUCGCCGGCUAUACGCUGGCUAUUCUAAACGCCGCAUCCUUCUUUGGUCGCGUCAUUCCUGGCGUGUUUGCGGACAGAAUGGGUCGCACGAACGCAUUCGCAUUGGGAGGCAUUGCUACUGGCAUCAUCAUCUUUUGCAUGAAUCUGCCAACGAAUACAGCCGGCUUGAUUGUAUACGCUGUGAUCAUCGGUUUCUGGUCAGGAACCGUCGUUUCUGGUGCCACUGCUGCCUUGACUGUCUGCAUCGCCGACCCUCAGCAAAUUGGAGCCUAUCUGGGUAUAGGACUGUUCAUUGCUGGCUUUGGGUCCCUGAUCGGACCACCCAUCAAUGGUGUUCUUGUUGAUAAAUAUGGAGGCUUCUUUGAAGUAUCAAUGUUCAGCGGUGCCAUUACGCUCUUUGGUGGUCUUAUUGUUCUGGUAGCCAAGGCUACUAUGCCUCAAGGAUUGCUUAGCAAGGCAUGA